AGAUACGAAAUGAAAAGCAUAUUCAUCACAAGUAAAGGUUUAUUAAAACAGACGUCAUUUCUAAGAAUCGUAUCAAGAAAUGCCGUGAACUUAUCUUACAAAAUAUUGGGAGACGAAGACUUAAGCGACCCCGAUAUCGCCCCGCUGUUUAUUUUGCACGGCCUGCUUGGAAUGAAGAAGCAUUGGGAGAGCUUGGGCAAGACGAUGCUCAGUACAACAAAGCGGAACGCUGUGGUCGUAGAUUUGAGAAACCAUGGCGAUAGUCCCCACGUCAAUUCUCAUAAAUACCAAGAGUUAGCGGAGGACAUGAUCCAGUUACUUGACAAGUUAUCUGUAAAGAGGGCUUACCUUGUUGGUCACAGUAUGGGUGGCAAGACUUGUAUGUGCAUCUCUUUAAUGGCGCCACAUAGAGUAGCUGGUCUACUGGUGUUAGAUAUAUCCCCAGCAUCCGCACCAUACAAUAUUCUGGAAUAUAUGCCGAAAGUACUGAAUUUAAUGAAAGCUGUGGAAUUCAAAACAAACGACAUCCGCUCGUCGAGAAAACAGGUCAAAAGGGCUCUCGAUGAUAUCGUUACUGAAGAGAAAUUCAUGAAAGCAAUUAUAAGUAAUAUCCGAGUAAAGAAUGGUGUAGUAGGCUGGGCGUGUAAUCUGAAUACCCUCAUCAAGCAUUAUAAAUACAUAUCGUCUUUUCCUAGAGAGAUGCUGGGGAAAAAGUAUCGUGGUCCAACAUUGUUCCUUGGUGGCCAACUAUCAGAUUAUAUUCCCCCCGAUGACUUACCUAAGAUAAAGGCAUACUUCCCUCUGGCGGUGAUCCAGUACAUUCCUAAAACUGGGCACUUUCUGCAUGUUGAUGAUCCCAGGGCCUUUCUCGAGUAUGUUAUUUCGUUCUCGAGAAGUUUAGAAGGAGAUUAAAGUUCUUUGAAGCAUUAAUUUUGUUUCAUUUUUCUCCUUUCGGAAAUCGAGUGAUAAAUCACUC